AUGGACUUGUUGAAGAAAACAUCGCGACUGGAAAGGAACAUGAAAGAAGGAGAGACAAAGAAUCAGACAGUUGCAGAAGUUACAGAAGAGCUAAAAGAUCCACCUUUGACAGGGGCUGCUAAUAUCUUAUUGGAGAAGAAAGUUGCAUGGAAAAUUAUCAGAAUAAUAAUUAUUAUUUUAUUUAUGUCGCUGUUUACUUACAAGCUGUGCGAGUUCCUGACUGAGUACUUCAAGUAUACAACGGUGGAAACUUCGAAAUUUCUGGGUUCCAUGUACGCAAAUGAAAGCAUAUUAUUUGUGGUCCCUGGUUUAGUUAUCUGCAAUAAGAACCCUGCGCCCAGGCAGGAAUAUUGCGUAAAACACCCUUUCAAGUGCGAAAUACCAGACAACAAUGAAGAAUUCUGUUAUAAAUAUCCUCAUUAUUGUCAAAAUUCCAAGCUUCCUGAAGGUUUUAGGAUUUCUACACAUUCCAGUUUCUUACCGGAAACACUCCUCGAGUUUCAACAGAAGGCAAAAGAUUUCUUUGAUUUUGAGCAGGAACACGUAAUCAGAUCAAGAAAGACAGCAGAAGAUUUGUAUUUUUUUCUGAUUUGGGGUGGCUCAGCGCUGCCUUGUUAUACAAAGAAUUACUGCCUUCUUGAUAAAUAUCCAUAUGUUACUGAUGCCGAAAAGAGAGUUAAGGGAAAACAGUUACCUCUUUUUCACUUAAAACUGCUUUUCGACAUAAAUAAUACAGCUAACUGGAGAAUAGAACCGGGUGCAAUCCUUGGAGUUGGUUCCCCGUUUGAACCAUUUAUUCCGAAUAUUGUUAUAAGACCUGAGCGGAAAUAUAUUAUAAAAUUACAAAUGGUCGAAGAAAGAAGACUGCCUUUACCUUAUGACACAGAAUGCCGAAAUUAUUAUGCAGAGUGGCUGAAAAACAAUAGGAGUGGGCCGCUUUCCAGAAAAAUGUGUAUUUUUUCGUGUCUACAAAAGAAAAUCGAAAACCAACGAUGCAAGUCUUGCUAUUGGUUGGCAUUUUACGAGGAUGGCACAUUUCCAGUUAAACAGUUGUGUCACGGUAGGUGUUAUAUACACCCUCUGUAUGAGCAUAAGAAAGAAUGUUCAACGAUUUGCAAGGAACCGUGCUUGAAAUACAGAUAUACUUAUUUAGUCGAAGAAACAGAAGUACAUUACUGGGAGGAAAAGCGUGCGGAAGUUUUUCUCGAACUUCAGGAUCCUCCGGUCAAAAUAGUUUCAUACAAACCAAGACAUGAACCUUUCGAACUCUUCAGCCGCAUUGGUGGAUACAUAGGACUCUGGCUAGGGUUAUGUGUCAUUGCAUUAUUUGACUUUGUUAUUUCAUUUGUCUACAGUUUAUCAGUGGCUGUGAAAAACGUGGCUCUGAGAUGCGUAUCUAGAAUUCGAAAGAUGUGUACGGGAAGGCGUAUUGCAAAUUUUAUGUCCAGAAAAUUGAGGAAACAUGUGGAUAUUACAAAAGUUGAUUGUUAAAAAAGUGGCACGAUGACUCCCUAAUGACGCAGCAAUCUUUUAUGAUAUCUUUAACAUAGAGGUUUUUUUUUUUCUGAAAUUCUAUACAUUUGUGACCGUUUAAU